UUGUGACAGGGCCAUUCUAUCCGCUUGACGCGAGUUCAUCUACACCUCCCUGGAUGAGCGGAAACUCCACAGAAUAGCGUUCUGCAAGAGCUACAGUUUGUACCACAGGGAGAUAGGCAGAUAUGGCAGCUGCUGUUUUAUCUUCGUGCUUGGCCCUUCCUACGAAGCUCAAGAACAUCUCCUUCAAUAGCACUUGCUCUGCUUCUUCUUCUUCUUCUUUUCAUUGUCCCACUUUCAGGUCUCUCAGUUUCUCCUCCGCUCUCUCUCACGAUGUGUUCAACGAAGGGUGCUUGUCAAUGAGCAGAGUUAGAAGGCCAAUUGGGCAUUUAAUCGUUUGUGAAGCGGCUUCAAAUAAAAAAGCUGAUUCUGCAGAAAAGAGAGCUCGCCAAGCUGAGAAAAGGCGGAUUUACAAUAAAGCACGGAAGUCUGAAAUUGGAACCCGCAUGAAGAAGGUGUUGGAAGCAUUAGAUGAUUUGAGGAAGAAACCCGAUGCACAAGCAGAGGAGGUCCUUCCCAUUGAAAAACUAAUUGCAGAGGCAUACUCAGUCAUUGAUAAGGCUGUAAAAGUGGGAACAUUGCAUAGAAAUACUGGAGCGCGUAGAAAGUCGCGACUUGCUAGGAGAAAAAAGGCGGUAGAGAUUCACCACGGCUGGUAUACCCCUGCUCCUGCAGGAGCAACUGCCAGUUAGGACAGCUGGUUUAAAUUAGAGGAGCAUGGGAGAGGGAUUUUUGAGUUUUAUGUAUGAAAGAUAUUUACUUUGUUUUGUUAUAUAUGUAUAAUUCCUUUCGGGGCGUUUGACAGGCAUCUUUCUUUGUUUUGUCCUCCUUAGGUAUUGCUAUAUAUGCUGAUCAUCUAACCGGCUUUACCUUUUGUUAUUUGGAAUGGAGACUAUCAAGUUUAAAUGUUCUAUGAAUUCAAUUGUUUUGCAA